AGCCUGCUCGAAUGGGUGCACUCGUUCAAUCAUAUCCACGAGAACAUCCGCUGGGCGGACUUGAGCGAUGGUAAGGAGUUAUGGACCAUCUUGCAAGACAUAGACGGCAACUACUUCCGUGGCAGCCUGCCUGAGCCGGAGGUCGGCCCUCAAGGUGACUGGUUGCGCAAGUGGCAGAACCUUAAGCAUGUUGAUCGCCAGAUCUCGACGUACUAUCGAGACGUGUGCAAUGGCCAAGACGGCAUAGCGCACGGCCACGUGCCGGACCUGAAAGCAGUUGCCGCAGAAAGUUCGGUGCGAGACCUGGAAAGGUUGAUCAUGAUCGUUAUCCGCGCCUCGAUGGCAGGCCCGGCUUCUAACCAGGCAAUGGCGCAGAGACUAAUGGGCUUGGGCAGAGAGAAGGCAAUGGUCAUAGCCCAGGCGUUACGGAACAUGGAGGAGCCUGCGUAUGCGGACUCGGAGCCUACAAGUCGGGACGCAUCGGAGUACCAAUCUGAACCAGAGUCUGUUGGACAGCACAAGGCGAACGGGACGAAAGAGGGUGGAGUCACGUAUGAAGACCCACUGCUCGAGCGAGAAGAGCAGCUACUGCAAGCGCAAAGUACGAUAGAGAAACUACAGGCGAGCCAUGUCGCCGCACAAAGGCAGUUGGAACAACUUCGACAGGACAGGGAACGACUCCAGGAAAGCUUUGACGCGUACAGAGCCGAGAUAGACUCAAAGGGCGGGAAGCACGGUGGAGAUGACGAGUUCAGGAAGCUGCAACGUCAAGCGGAGAGCGACCGUGCAUAUAUAGACGAACUUGAAGGUCACAUGCAGAGCUCAAGAAGCACAGUCGAAUCGUACGAACGGCAGAUUGAUCGUUUCAAGGCGGAGUACGAAGUCACCCAGAAGCUUCGUGAUGAUAUACAGAUGCUACAGGCCGACAAUGAAGAGCUUCACCAGAAGCUGCGAGCGAACGAGAAUCUGAAGAAGAAGAUUCAAAGCCUGCAGGAGCAGGAGAAAGCUAAUGUUGCGUUGCGCGAAGAAUUAAGAGCGGCCAACGACCGCUUGUCUGAGCUUGAACGCCUGAAGCAAGUCCAAGCGGGUCUGGAGAAAGAGAUUAUCGAGAAGAAAGGCCUGAUCAGAAACCAAGAGUACCAAAUCACCGAGCUGACUACUACACGAAAGCAUGCCGAGUACGACGCGAAAGUGCUGGCACAGAAGCUGGCGGCCGCUCGUGAACGGCAUGACCGUGACCAUGAAGCGCUCGAAGAACUUCGCCUCAAGAUGCAGGAGAUGAAGGCA